UCUGUUUGUUUAUUUGCUCUCUUAUUACCAUUCACACCUUCCCACAUUCCCCACCUACUCCAAACGCAACUCACCUACUCCCUCCCUAAACAAAUGAACCCCCACACUUUCUAGGACGAUGUUCUUUCCUGCUAUUUCAGCUUUAAGCGUCCACGAGGCCUAAGAAGUCUGAAGAACUUUGAUAUAUUUUUCAUAUGGGAGAAACUCAAGAAAAACAGCACCACAUUUCUUUUGAAGAGGAAGCUGAUAAAGGAGCAGAUUAUAUGGCGAAUAGUUCAAAUAUUACUAUCUCUCAAUCAUUAACUUCAUGGCGUGCAAAAUACAAGAGGUGGCUCGAAAUAGGCUUCAACUCUUUAUUAGUUCUAAUUUGCCUAUCAGCUGCUACACUACUCGGCGAGCUUUACUACAAAGAAGGUGGAAAAAGCACUUGGGUGAAUUCACUUGUACAAACUGGUGGAUUUCCAGUACUUUUCCCAAUUCUCUUCUUGAAAAAAAGAGAAGAAACUCAAGACGACGACAACGCGAGGAAUAACAAAAAUCCAUCGGUUUGGAUGUUUUUAUCUGUCUAUGUUUUUCUCGGUUUACUAUUGGGUGGAAGUUGCAUGUUGAAUGCUGUCGGAUUAUUACACCUCCCUGUUUCAACAUUUUCCUUAAUUGCCGCUAGCCAAUUAGGGUUCAAUGCCCUCUUCUCAUUUUUCCUUAAUUCCCAAAAAAUAACUACUUAUAUAGCCAAUUCUAUAAUUUUACUCACAAUCUCCUCAAUUCUUCUUGUGUUUCAACCUAUUGAUUCCUCUUCAGGCAACGGCGAAUCAUCGAAAGGGAAGAGUUAUACAAUAGGAUUUAUUUGCACACUUUUUGGUUCAGCAGGUAUGGCGUUGUUGUUAUCCACCACUGAACGUAUUUUUAGAAAAAUUAUGAAAAAACGCACAGUGAGACAAGUGAUGAACGUAGUGAUUUGGCAAUCUUUUUUCGCCACGUGUGCGAUUCUCAUUGGCCUUUUCGCGACUGGAGAAUGGAAGUGGAUGAAAUCAGAGAUACAAGAAUAUAAGUUAGGGAAAGUAUCAUAUGUUAUGACUUUAGUAUGGACUGCAUUGUGUUGGCAGAUUUACACAAUUGGACUUCUCAACUUGAUUAUGAAGGUAUCUGCUUUGUUUGCUAAUGUGAUUACCACAUUAAGUGUGCCCUUAAUUCCAGUUCUGGCUGUCAUUAUAUUUGAUGAGAAGAUGAGUGGGGUGAAAGCUGUUUCUAUGAUUUUGGCUCUUUGGGGAUUUUUAUCCUAUGGUUAUCAGCAAUAUCUUGAUGAACUAAAGCUCAAAGCUGAAAAAUCUGCGGAAAAAGAAGAAUCUGAAGUUUCACUUGUUGAAAGAGGAUUAAGCGGUGGAAAUUAAUUAAAUUCUUACUAAUUGUAGAAAAGGAUGUGUUUUUUUUUUCCAUUUUCUUUUAGUGUAAAUGAUGAGACUUUCUUAAUUUAUCUUCAUGGCAGCUUUUUUCCCCAUGUUUUAGUUAAACCAAGUUCAGUACAUUAAAUUCAUGAUAUUCAGCAAAAUUUGUCAUA